CACAGUCACAGCGCAUUACCUCCCGAAGCUCUCGCAGGAUCCAGACGCAGCCCAGCAGCGGGACUACAGCCAGAGGAGACUGUGGACUUAUUACAGAGCUUUUUCUGCACCGUUACCGCUGUGCGUUUCUUCAUGAAGUGAGUGCUGAGUCGCGCUCCGGGCAGUAUUCAUUCUGUUGUUGCAAAGAGAAAACAUGAGGUCUACUUCUGAGUCGUUCUGGAGGAUGAUCCGGCUGGUGGUAACGGUGGCACUCUUGUCAGGGUGCAGGGCGACAGAGUACGAGUACCUGAACUGGAAGUCGGACGGGUACAACGCCGGGCGCAGCUACGGCAAGCAGCCACAGUGCGUGGACAUUCCGGACGACCUGCGGCUCUGUCACAACGUGGGCUACAACCGGAUGAUGCUGCCCAACCUGCUGGAGCACGAGAGCAUGGCCGAGGUGAAGCAGCAGGCCAGCAGCUGGGUGCCCCUGGUGCAUAAGAAUUGCCACCCGGACACGCAGGUCUUCCUGUGCUCGCUCUUUGCGCCCGUGUGCCUGGAGCGGCCCAUCUACCCGUGCCGCUGGCUGUGCGAGGCAGUGCGGGACAGCUGCACCCCCAUCAUGGAGGCCUUCGGCUUCCCCUGGCCGGAGAUGCUCACCUGUGACAAGUUUCCCCAAAGCGAUGUGUGCAUUGCCAUGACAUCCCCCAACGCCACAGAGGCCACCAAGCCAACAAAGCCCACAGGUUACUCUCCCAUCUGCCCUCCGUGUGACAAUGAAAUGAAAACAGACACCAUCCUAGAGCACAUGUGCGCCAGCGAGUUUGCUUUCAAGGCCAAGAUCAAGGAGGUAAAGCUAGAAAACAUGGAUCGCAAGGUGAUCCUGCAGAAGAGGAAGAAGAUGUUGAAAGAGGGAAACCUGAAGAAGAAAGACACAAAGAAGCUGGUGUUGUACUUGAAGAAUGGUGCUGGCUGCCCCUGCCAGCAGCUGGACAACCUGGGAAACCAGUAUCUAAUCAUGGGCCGCAAGGUUGAUAAGCAGUACCUCCUCACAGGCAUCCACAAGUGGAACAAGUCCAGCAAAGAGUUCAAAAAUGCCAUCAAGAAACUGAAGACCCACAAAUGUCCUGCAUUUGAGAAUGUUUUCAAAUAAUAUGACCUGCCCCUUCAUCACUGUCCACAUCUCAUCGUACAUAUGAACUUGCACAAGCAUUCCCAAACUUUGCUUUCUAUUGUCCUUAUCAUAUAUCGAUAUGUCUUUGUACAUUUACAGACAGCCUAUACUGUGGAAUGUCUGUCAUGUUAUGUUGAAGAUGUGACAACACAAAUUAGAGGGUUGGUUUUUUUUUUUGUUUGUUUGGGGUUUUUUUCCCCCUUCAACCCAAAAUGGCAGUAAAAGUCCUCUCGUGCUGAAAUCACUUCCAGUGUAUAGAUUAUUAAUACCCUUCCUCAAAAGGUCAGUGAACUGGUUAGGCAUUUUGGGAACUAUUAUUUCCUUUUUUUGCUAGAAGUUAGAGCAGAAGUGUAACACCACUUUCCAAGAAGGUACGUUGUUGUGGGUUUUGUGUGUGUGUGCGUGUGAACGUUCAAUUUGAAGACAAAGCCAGCAAACUGUUAGCUUCCCAUAAAAACCUGUUAGCUUAGCAGGAGGGAAACUGCUAGCUUGACUUUGUCUAAAGGUUUAAAUAAAAGGAUAAACUGUCAUUUUGUAUUUAGUUUUCUGUGCAUUACAAAUGAAAUGUGCUGGGUUUUUUUGUUUUGUUUUUUGGGGGGGUGCGGGGAGUCAAGCUAGCUGGUCCCCUUUCAUGCUUUGUAUUAGUGUAGGCUAACAAUCUGCUGGCUAACUCUUGCAAAUGCGUCCAACAAAACAUCUCUUUCGGAUCAUAUAACAACUCUUAAAAUCAAUGUGUUUUGAACUUUAAAAGCCACACACACGUUUCUCGUAGAAUAACUUAUUGACAGAAGUCUGAGAGAGCUGCCGUGAUUAUUCUGUCCAACUGACGACUGCACUACCAGCAGUUCUGAACUUUUGUCUUUGUCUUCAUUUCAUCAUUAAAUGUUGCUUGUUGUUUGAAAAUCUUAAGAGAAUCAUUAACACCAAUCACAGAGUAAUGUAAGCCUGGGUGGCAGAUUACUUGAUUUUGCCUUUUUUUUUAGAUAACUUUCUGUCUGUAUACAUCCAGUCUGCAGUAUUCAUUAUUGUUUGGUCAUGGAAUCUGCCUUGUAGUCCUUCAGUUUUGCAAAGUUAUCAAAAAGCAAGUAUUGCCAAUUCCUUUUUUCUUGUUUGUUUUUCUUAAGUGUUUUAUUUUUUAGCACUCUAUUAUUUCAGAUUUGAAUGUCAGCAGUGCAUUGUUGCCUAUUACAUGUACAUACAAAUUUUACAUAAAUAUAUAAAAAAAAUUGUUGCAAAGA